AUGUCCGGCGCUCCACCGCCGCUCCCUCCCCGGCCUCAGAAGCCGGUGCCUCCACCAUCAGGCUGGACCGAACAUAUGUUCUACACGAACGGAUCGCCCACACCCGCGUUCGAGGCGUUGAUGAACAAGUUCUUCGCGAAGCUUGAUCCCAGAGGCACUGGAUACAUAACGCCAGAGGCGUUCUCGAGCUUCGCGGAGGUGUCGCGCUGCCCGGAUUCUGACAACAUCUGGAAGAGAAGUCUCACGUAUGGCGGCAUGUUCGCGAAAGAAGACAUGGCAGACUAUGAGUUCAAAAACGUGAUGGAAGGCUUCUUCUUCGACCACAAGGUCGUGACGCGCAGCCCGGGCGCGCCUCAGCUGCCAUACGGCGGCAUGCCUCUGCUCAGCUUGGCCGGGUUCACAGACUGGAUUGGGUUCAGUUGCGCGGCGCAUCCCGACGGCAUCUUUGUGGUCCCUGGGUUGAAUAAUGCAUUGCGUGUGUACAACGUCUGGCCGCAGCGUGGACCCUUGCCGCGAUACGUCUUUCCUCCGAGUCGGCCAAUCGAAGUACAGCAGCGCAUGGAUCAAGCGACACAGCGUUGCAACAUGAACGCUCAGCAGAAGCUCAGAGCGACCCAGGUGGAGGCUGAGAUCAAGGCGCAGGGCCGAGAGCAUGCCAUUGAUCUGUUCCAUAAUGCCGUCGUAUAG